UGAAAAAAUGAGUUGUACCAGAUGCAGAAGGAAGUCAGAUUAUCCAGAGCAAAGUUCUUAUGGCAUUGUUAUGGCUGCAGAUUCAGUCAGAGACCUGAAGUGUUCUCUUGGGAAUAUGGAGUUUGUGGAUAUCAUUAAGGUGAUCCGCAUGGAAUUUAAAAUGUUCUGUGACCUUAAAACAGGAGGAUGUGGAAAGACAAACUUUGUUCAUCACAUUAUAAGUAAACGCCCACCUAUCUUCAUAAUCGUUUUGGAAUGGGAGAAGAGCGAAACUGAGAAAGAAGUAUUUGAAACAACAAAGGCUUUGGAGUGGGAAAUAGACAUCAGCAGGCUAUAUGAAGGCGUAGAACCAAACACCAACUACCGGCUUGUGUCAAUGGUUGGUUGUGGUGAAGAAGAAGAAGAGCACAUUUGCAUAGUUUAUGAAAAGAACCGGUGGGUCAAACUCAGACGCACUGCUUUUGAAGGAGAGGUUGUUGGUAACUGGAAGAAUGUGGUCAGAUACUGUGGAGAAAGGAAGGUCCGGCCAGAGAUUCUGUUUUAUGAAGCUGUCCCAUCAAUGACCUAA